AUGAAGAUUUAUGAGGCUUGUAACAGCAGUAGCUACUACACCAGAAUCAAAGAAACCUUUCUCGCGGAUAGCGGAAUAACCACAUUUAUGAUCACUGAGAGCGCAACUAUGAUACUGUUUACAAGGGAGUUAAGAGGGACAACUUGGUGCUUUCCAAUUACACAUGAAGUAUAAAUGUCAAUAUUCUGUCAACAAUUCUGCUAAUUCAUGUUUUCCUUAGAACUGAAAAGAGGAGAAUACAAUCUAAAUUGGAGUAAAGGACUCUGAAUAUGUCCGUUUUGUAAAAUCGCCAUUGAUCAUUAUUGCAACAAUCAAGUAAGUGCUAGCCUUGUGAAACUAUUUAGGCAGCUAGCAAUCAACAUUAAAUGACAUAGACUGCUAUCUGAUCAUUAAUCAAAAUUUUUAAAUCUUUUUGUUAAAAAAAUUAUUAUAGGAAAACUUCACAGAAGAUUGGCCAAAGCUGGUAAAGUCCGAAAACAAACACCAAAAAUUGAAAAGUAAGUUAGUAGACACAAAUUCCAAAAGGGUAGAGCUUAUAAAAGAAUUUGUUUCAACAGAAGGUUUUUGAUAUAUGUAACAAUAUAUUAGAAUUGGAGCAAUUGUUGCUGGAGCAGUACAUUAAUAAAGAGAAAAGAACCAAAUUGGCAAGCAGUAAGAAAGGAUUUAAUUGA